AUGGUGAUGGCCACCAAGAACACCUCAGCAGCCACCAAGAAAGCCUUGGUAGGAGCGGUGACCACCAAGAAGGCCUCAUUGGUGGCUGUGACCACCAAGAACACUUCAGUGGCCACCCAGAAUCCCGCAGUGGUGGCAGUCACCAAGAAUGCCAUGGUAGUGGCCACCACCAAGAAUGCUGCAGUGGUGGCCACUACCAACACCUCUGUGGCCACCAAAAAGGCAUUGGAAACCACCAAGAACACCUCAGUGGUGGCCAUGGCCACCAAGAACACUUCGGCAGCCAUCAAGAAUGCCUUGGUGGUGGUGGCAACUACCAAGGAGGCCUCGGCAGCCACCAAGAACACCUCAGUGGUAGUCAAGACCACCAAGAACAUAUUGGCAACCACCAAGAACACCUCAGUGGUGGCCAUGGCCCCCAAGAACACCUCAGCAGCCACCAAGAAUGCCAUGGUGGUGGUGGCAACUACCAAGGAGGCCUCGGCAGCCACCAAGAACACCUCAGUGGUGGUGGUCACCAACAAAGCCACGGUGCUGGCCAUCACCACCAAUGCCUCUCUGGUGGCCACCAACACCUCCAUUAAGGGAGCAGAGGAGACAACGCAAACCUGCCAGAGCUUUCAGUGCUCCGGAGAGAGGUGUUACCAGGAUGGAGCCCAUGCCAACAGAACAACCACCUGCCAAAAUGAGACUCAUUGCGAGCUUUAUCGUUUCUCCAGCAUGAACUACACGGCCAGGUGCAGCAGCGGGUGCAGCGUGGAGCCAUGCAGCACCAACGGCAGCAGGCAGCAGUGUGCCCUGGAGUGCUGUGCUGGCCCUCUCUGCCUGCAGCUCAACGCCAGUGCGUACGGUGACCUGCCACCCACCACCACCACCGCCGUGCCGCUGACAACCACCACCACCACCCCUCGGCCUCCCCCCCAGAACGGCAAAGUGUGUGCAGCAUUUUCCUGUCUCGGGGACCAGUGUUUCAAAGGCAGGAAGACCAUCACUAGAUGCAUUUUAGGACAGGACUUCUGUGAGAUGAAGAAGAUGGGCUUGAAUUACAUGGCGGGAUGUAGCGAAGCCUGCAAGGCUGCUAAACCAGUCUGUGCUGGUGGGAUGAAGGCUGCCUGUUACCAGGAGUGCUGCCCAGCCACCCCAAAGGGCAGCUGUCUGAAACUGGACGGCAAAGUUCACAUCAAUAGCGCUGGGCAGGCGACACUGGCCCCACUCUUGAAGGUCAUAGCAUGUGGGGUGGUCCUGCUCCUCAAUUACAGGGUCUCCACUUCCCUCUGGGGGUAGGCAGCAGCCAGGUGGCUCUGCAGCCUCUCCUGUAGGAGCAGUAGGACCCCGCUGCUCUCUGACCUCAGCCAAGGUUGCUAGCAAACGCCCUCUGUGCUGUCCCUGUCCCAUCAACGAGGUGUCUGGGGCCCUCUGCAUCUGCUCAUGGGUAACUGCACACCCUUGGGGGUCACUUUGCUUGCCCUGCAUAGGACCCUGCUGUUGAUCCUAACCCCCCCCCCCUUAAGCUGCACUCUGAAUCCUGCACCUUCCCCGGAUGGGUGAGUCCUGGCAAUUCAGUAAAGUUUAAGUACUUGAAAAAAAGAUUCUUCCUUUUCCCAGAGGAAAAGCACUUAAUCUGUGUGCUUAUAAAACUACAUCAAGGGAUUCUACCCUACCCUGCCCAAAUCCUGCAGGUCUGAGAGACCUGAAAGCGAAUUGUGGAUACUGGGAGUGGUGGAGUGUGUGCCUCUGCUGCUGGAAUGGGUUCCCUCAAGGACAAGAGGGUAUUAGCCCUCCUUAAAACCCAAAAAAUUCUGCAUUGACUGAGGCACAGGGGCUGCUCUAAUCAAUGAUCUGCUUGUGGCACAGUGUCCCUGCACCUCCUCUGACCUGUUAGCUCCAAAGUGCUCUGACAGUGAAAUGCUUCUUGCCCGUGUAGGUAAAAUAGUAACUUUAUGUUUCCUCUCCCAGCCUUAGGCAGGGAAGUGGGAUUAAUCUAAAAGCGUCUCAUGUUUUAGAUGAUUCUGUUUCACAUCUGUGGUUCUCUACUGCUGAAGGCAGAGCCCAGAGGUGAGCACAUAGAGCAUGGGUGGAGCUGGUCAGGCAGAAUUACCUGGGAUCAGUGUGUUGCCACUCAUGCACAGUGCUGUUCCCUGCCACCACUGU